AGAAAAUAAACUUUUCAUUACAAAUUAAUACAAAAAUACAAUUAAAAAGCGAAGAAGAAGACAUAAUGAAAAGAUGAAAAACAUUAUUAGAAAGAAAGAAAUAAUGACAUCGUCGUCGUUACUGUCACCGUCUUCUUCGCCUCUCCGUAAGAAACGCCGUCUCACUCACUUCUUCUACACCGUCCUCGCUUUCAUCCUCCUCGCCGCCUUCAUCUACUGCCACGAUUUCCUCUUCUUCUCUCGCCGUUCCCUUCACUCCCCGACGACUACGACGAUCCUCCACCAAGUAAACGACCCUCCUCCUCCGCCUCCUCCUUCUCCUCCUCCUCCGCCGCCACCGACACCAUCUCCUCCGCCGCCUUCUCCUCCACCUCCAGCUUUUGCGGUGGGGAAGACGCCGGAAGGAUGCGAUGUGUACAGAGGGCAUUGGGUCAAAGACAAGUCAACGCGGCCGUUAUACAAAGAAUCGGACUGUCCGUACAUCCAGCCGCAGCUCACGUGCCGCGCGCAUGGCCGUCCCGAUACAGACUACGAUUCGUGGAGAUGGCAGCCUGACUCCUGCUCACUUCCCUCGUUCGACGCGAAGAUGAUGCUGGAGAGUCUAAGAGGGAAGAAGAUGAUGUUCGUCGGAGACUCCUUGAACAGAGGGAUGUACGUCUCUCUCGUCUGUCUUCUCCAUUCUCAGAUCCCGGAACAUUCCAAAUCCAUGGAAACCUUUGGUUCCCUCACCGUCUUCUCUCUCAAGGAUUACAAUGCAACGAUUGAGUUCUACUGGGCACCGUUUCUCCUCGAAUCGAAUUCGGAUAACGCUACUGUUCAUAGAGUGUCGGAUCGGAUUGUGAGGAAGGGCUCUAUCAACAUUCACGGUAGGCAUUGGCGUGGCGCUGACGUUGUUGUGUUUAACACUUACUUGUGGUGGAGGACUGGUUUCAAGAUGAAGAUCUUGGAAGGUUCGUUCAAGGAUGAGAAGAAGAAGAUCGUUGAGAUGGAGAGCGAAGAUGCGUACCGUAUGGCGCUCAAGACUAUGGUUAAAUGGGUGAAGAAGAAUAUGGAUCCAUUGAAGACGAGAGUCUUCUUUGCUACCAUGUCCCCUACUCAUUACAAGAGCGAGGACUGGGGAGGGGAGCAAGGGAAGAACUGCUACAACCAAACGACGCCGAUCCAAGACAUGGACCAUUGGCCAUCGGACUGCAGCAAAACGUUGAUGAAAGUGAUCGGAGAGGAGCUAGACGGGAGAAAGGACUUUCCGGUGACGGUGCUGAACAUUACACAGCUCUCAGGGUAUAGGAAAGACGCGCACACGUCGAUAUACAAGAAGCAAUGGAGCCCGUUGACGAAAGAGCAGCUAGCGAAUCCGGUUAGCUACUCGGACUGUAUACACUGGUGCUUGCCUGGUCUUCAAGAUACUUGGAACGAGCUUCUCUUUGCUAAGUUAUUUUAUCCUUGAUUCUUUUUUCUUUUCUUAAGAUUUGUGAUUUUUUUUGUAAGUUAUGGUUUUUCUUUUUUUUGUUAAUUAUGUAUAACGCUCUUGUUAUACGAAGAGGGUGAAAGAGUUACCCUCUCCUGUUAUCUAAUAUCAAACUCAACAGAUGAGUUUCAACACUUAUUGAAAGAGUAAAAGACUAGAAAGUUACUAUA